GAGAUGAGGUGGUGCGCGGUGUGGUUCCUCCUCCUCUCGGCCAGCUGUGUCUCCGCAGAGGUCUUCACUGCCCUCGCCGAUCUGGAGGAACUCCUGGACACUGAGGCGGUCUUCAUCCAGGCCUUGGAGAACUUCGUCGUCCAGACAGAAGCCAGGGUAGCGGAGCUCAAGAGGAAAGCUGAAGAGUACAAGAACGAGCACAGGAUUGCCAGUAACGAUGUGAGCGAGUACCUGAGCAACCCGAUCAACGCUUACCUCCUCGUGAAGAGGCUAACCACCGACUGGAAGACAACCGAGCGGCUCAUGUCCGACGACAUAUCCAAAGAGGCUCUUCGAAACAUGACGGAGAUAAGAAAAUUCAUGAAGUCGCCUACAGACGAAGAUUUGACCGGGGCCGCCAUCGCCCUCAUCAGAUUGCAGGACACUUACAAGAUAGACACCGCCUCCUUGGCCAAAGGGGAACUCAACGGGAUACAGUAUGCCACCCAGCUGUCUGCUGGUGAUUGCUUUGAACUUGGCCGCCAGUCUUACAACCAUCAGGAUUUCUACCACACUGUGCUUUGGAUGUCCGAAGCACUUAACAGACAUGAGAGGGAAAAAAAUAAUACUGAAACUGCUCGAUGGGAAAUACUUGAAUACUUAGCAUAUUCAACUUAUAUGCAAGGUAAUGUUCCUGGAGCACUCGCUAUGACAGAUGAAUUGUUGGAGAUAUUUCCUGAUCACCCGCGCGCAAUCGGUAACCGAGUAUACUACCUGAAAGCUAUAGAGAAAGGAGUUCCUAAAGAACAAAAGGCAACAGAGGAAAAGGAAGAGCCACAAUAUGAUCAGCCAUUGGAAAGAGAGCUAUACGAAAUGGCAUGCAGAAAUGCGGUUUCUCCUCCAAUCAGUAUCACUUCUAAGUUGAAAUGUCGCUAUGUUGAUAACGGCGUGCCAUUUUUGAAACUAGCCCCAUUUAAGGAAGAAGAAGCAUACUUAAACCCAAGGAUUGUUCUUUUCAGAGAAGCAAUGUACGACUCAGAAAUUGAGGUUAUCAAAAAAAUGGCUUUACCCAGGCUACGGCGAGCAACAGUCCAAAACCAUAAGACUGGUGAGCUAGAAACAGCUCACUACAGGAUCAGCAAAUCUGCCUGGUUGAAGGAAGAGGAACACCCAGUUGUUGACGCAGUCGCAAAAAGGGUUGAAGAUAUGACCAAGCUUUCUGUUUCUUCUGCAGAAGAGCUUCAGGUUGUAAACUACGGAAUUGGAGGUCACUAUGAACCACAUUUUGAUUUCGCCAGGAAGGAUGAAAAGAAUGCUUUUGAUUCUCUGGGAACUGGAAAUAGGAUAGCAACAAUACUAUUUUAUAUGAGUGACGUAGCUCAAGGUGGCGCUACAGUGUUCCCUAACCUUCGCUUAGCACUUUGGCCAGAAAAAGGUACUGCUGCUUUCUGGUACAAUUUGUUCCCGGACGGCGAGGGCGAUUACAACACGAGGCACGCUGCUUGUCCCGUCCUUGCUGGAUCCAAAUGGGUUUCUAACAAGUGGCUUCAUGAAAGAGACCAAGAAUUUAAAAGGCCAUGUGAACUGACACCGUCGAAUGCCAUAGACUAA